CGGGGAAAUCUCACCUGACAGCAAACUGAAUGAGCACAUUCUCUCUUGUCUAAUGCCAGUAACCGCUUUGUUCUGGGAAUAGACCAUCGCCUAGCUGAUCCUAUCAACAUCUGCCUUUGAGAUAUAUGGAGAAUGGAGGCCGACUACAAUAGCUUUGCCACUGACGCGCGGCGGCAGCAGGAUGGACUGCUUGCUGUCACCGAAGUGCGUGCGAGACUCGCAGAGGACAGAUGCCACCAGAGGCGGUGGAAUCAAAUAACCCGAGAAAUCCCCAUCGUUGACGCCAUGGACAUUGGCAUACUGGGCUGGGGCCAACCGCCCGAACGGAGACCUCGGCCGCGCAGGCUAUUCUCACCCCUGAGGGAUCGAUACGGAAUCCGAAAAAGGCUGUAUGGCAUUCGUAAAGAGCCGGAGAAAGAGGGCCCGAGCAUCUUCUCGAGGAGCCGCAGUCAUCCUGUACAGGCAGAAAAGCCCGAGUACCCAGACGGACCGCCAAUUGACGAGUACUUUCUGAGGAGCGGGCGGACGAGGUGGAACUCCUUUCCAGUCAACGAUGAGCGGUGGUUGUGGUGCGCAUAUCUCGGUGUCUCCAUCGUGGCCGUCAUCGUCUUCCUCUUGUUGCUCGUCAAAACCUUGUGCAGCGGGAGCUACGGCUCCUGCCUGCUGUCGGCGGCCCAACUGGGGCUGGUCGUUGUUGUGUACAUUGUCGGCGCUGUCUUUGCGGGCAACCAGCUCAGCGUUGAUGUUCUCUUGCUGAUUGGAGGUAUGAUUGUUGCGGCGGCGGCAGGCCACGGCCUUGGGUUUGGCGGCUAGAAUGGGAAUGAGUGAUGCUGGGCUGGCUGU